AGAAACUCAGAGAAAAAAAAAUGAAAUAGUAUAAGAGGGGACACUCGAAGAGGGUGCGAUACAUACGACUAUAUAAGAUGAAUUGUCGAAGACGUUUAAACCUUGGAUAGUAGUCAUCGGGGAGUCGUCUUCUUGAAGAAAAAAGAGAAAAACUUUUUAAAAAAAUAGACCCGCGAGAUGGAAUAAAAAAAGAUGGAGGAAAAAUCUAGACCCGUGGGAAGUCCGGCUGUUCCUGAUGCUGUGACAGUGAAAUCAUCGAAAGGGCAUCAAGGAUUAAGUAAAGAGCAAAAAGGAUGACGGGUGACACAGAAACUGUCAUCAAAUUGAUGCCACAAUAUCCACCGCCAUAUUCACGAGAUGAAAUUGAGCGUGUAUUCAAACCAGAAGAAUCACCAACGGAUAUAACAGAAAAUGACAAUGAACUUCCUGAAGUCAGAACAUCGAAAGGUUCAAAUUGCAGUUUCAAGACGUACUGCAUUUUCAGCGUCCUGGCAAUUCUUGUUUGCACAUUUUUCACCAGUUCCAUAUUCCCAUAUCCAAUGCACGCAUCCUGCACCGUAAAAUGGAAAUUCAGCGCCCCUUGCAAUUGCAUUAUGCAACGUUUCAGAGCACAAAUAUUAAAAUGGUCUACGUGUAAUGAUUUCGGUCCACGUGGCAGUAGAUGUCUGUACUAUCUUCAGAAUCCUGAGCCCAAUGAGGAUGGAGUGAUUAGAGCUACUCACGUUACACCGAAUUUAAAAUUAACGGAUAAGAUAAAGAUUGUCUUUGAAGAUGCGCCGCAAAAGACAUGCGUUGCUACAGGAGAAUCCAGGUCCAGCGAUUGGUUCGUCGUUUUUGAUUAUGGAUCUAAUUAUUGUAAUCUUCGUAAUUUGAUUAUUGGAGCUGGUUUUGAUAAGGAUCUUGGAUUUAUGGAAUUGACCAGUAGUGUCAUUUGUACGCAGCUCAAUAUAGCAACUUGUGCAUAAAUUAUUAUAUAAAUAAAUGUAUUUUUUUACGUCACUAUUAUAUUAAAUAUCCAUCCACUCAUUAAUCAAUUUCCAAUUUAUUAUGUUUGAAUCUUUAACUUAAAAAUUUGGAAAGUCAGUGACUUCGUGGAUA